AUGUUUGUCUGGUUCUGCGAAUUGUGGCAUCUUUUCCUUCAGAUCGAAGACUACAGUGACCUGAUGGACGUGGCUUUCACCAUAACGCUGACGACGGGAUUCUUCCAGAGCUUCUUGCUGUAUUUUCUGCUCAAUUUGCAAAAUAAGGACCGGAUUCUUGAGAUUUUUGAGUACUUUGAAAAUUUGCUGGCAUCAAAGGAUGAAUUAUUAUCCGUUAUCAGGACUAAAUUCUAUGAAAAGCAUAUGAAAAUUGCUCAUUACUGCGCGAGAUAUUUCCUAGCAGCUACGCUCUUCUGUUGGUUCUUCGUCGCUGUAUUUCUCACAUAUCUGUCAGGAUUCUCCUCACCUCUGCUCUUCACAAUACCAGGAAUUCCCAAAGAGAGUGUCUUCUUCUAUCCAGUCAAUCUCAUCAGUCAAACUUUCCUUUUUUUAUCCGGAAAUGAACACGUAAUAAUCUCAGACGUUAUUAUAAUGAUCAUGAUUGUUUUCUGUCAAUCUGAACAAGAGUCCAUAGCGAAUGCAAUAUCGAUGCUAGACAGCGAAGAUGUUGCGAAAAAUCAGGGAGAGACAAUUCUGAAGACGGCCUUUGAAGCGCACUUGCGCUUAACAGAAGAGGCCAAGGCAUUGACGCAGUCUUUCUGGCAUAUUUACAUGAUGAAACUUCUAAUUAUCAUGAUGUAUCUUUGCAGCAUGUUUAUGACCUUUCAAGACGUCGAUAAAGUGUCCUUCGCUGUAAUUCUUAGCAUUUUCGUGAUGACCAGUGAAACAUUCAUCUUGUGCUUCUUCGGUGAGAUGCUCAAGAGCAGUUCUGAUCGAUUGCCAGACGCGAUUUACAUGACACGAUGGUAUGAAAUGAAGCUGAAGAGCCAGAAGAUAAUUCUCAUCCUGAUGACGAGAUUUCAGCAUCCGGUCAAAGUGGAAGCUUUCGGUUUUGGUACGAUUUCGCUCUACACUUUUGUGCAGGUUUGCAUUCUGGAGCAAGAGAGCAUUGCUAAAUUAAUCCUCACUCUAAACAACGAAGAUAUUGCAAAGAAGCAAGGUGAAGUCAUAGCUAGAAAGAUCUACCAAACACACUUGAGUCUCUCUGAACAAGCUAAGGAAUUGACAGAGUCUUUCUGGCACAUUUACAUGCAGAAACUCAUCCUCAUCAUGAUGUAUCUUUGCAGCAUGUUCAUGACCUUCCAAUCCAUCGACAAAGUGCCUUUCGCUGCAGUUUUAAGUGUCAUUGUAAUGACUUGUGAAACAUUCAUCUUGUGCUUCUUCGGGGAAAUGCUUAGCAAUAGUUCUGAUCGUAUGCAAAAUGCAAUUUACAUGACGAAAUGGUAUGAAAUGCGAGUGAAGGAGCAGAAGAUAAUCCUCAUCCUGAUGACGAGAUUUCAUCUGCCGAUUAAAGUGGAAACUUUCGGCUUUGGAACGAUUUCGCUUUUCACCUUUGUUCAGAUCUGCAAAGCUGCUCUCACUUACGCCGCAGUUCUCUACACUGUGUUUCAGUAG